AUGGGGAAUCCAGAUAUUUCCCACAGUAGCAAGAGUGCUGAAGCGAGUGCUGAGGCAGCAUCCAACCCUCCACCAUAUUCUACUAUAACCGAGCCCAUCGAUGAGCCACCGACCUACCAACGACCAAAUGCAUCACACAGGCUGUCCCGUAAUGUGUCUCCUAGAUCGGACGAAACAGUGGAUAUUGAUGAAUGUGUCAUGCACCUGAAGCUUUUAUCCGCGAUCGCCAAACUUCGCAACUCGGUUAAAGGAACGGACAAACUUUUCGGAAUUGACAAUAAUGAGGCUAGGAACUUUUCAAGUCCCCGUAAGCAAGGCGAGGCAACUGCCCGCAUCCAGGAAAAAAGAUGGGCUGUCUACGUGGCCAGAGCUGUGGAUCGAUUUACUGUUUGGUGGCAGACUUGCCUACCGAGUCUUGACACCAGUCGCGUCUCAACGCUGAAUAGUUCACCUGAAGCCAAGAUAGCUUGGUCUGUUAAUGACAUACCACCACUUGAUGUUAUCAUGGUCUGGCAUGCAUAUAUGCUUAACCCGCGGGCCUUUCUCGAGGAUUGCUUGCGUCAAUCUAAAAUGAGUGUAUGGGCUACCGGACUGCCUUGGGAUGUAAUAGACGCGUGUAUCGACGAUGGUACGCUGGCCUUCGACCCAGGCACUGAAGCCAGGAUAAACUUCGAGACAAGAACUGGCCAUUUAUGGGAAAAUAUUCAUGGACGUCCUACCAAAUCUCUGCUUUGCGUCGGUUGUAAGCAGGAAAUCCUUGCUCCCUGGACGGAAGGAUCCCUUGGAUGCGAUCCAGAUGUUGCGUUUGCACACGGCAUUGGAUACGCGGAUAAGUCGUUGCGGGUUCCAUGUCCAGUAUGCAAAUCCAGCAUCACACACGAUUCGCUUCGCGUGCAAAAGUUCCGCAAUGAUGUGCAGAAAUUGCUGAAAGAUGAUUUGCCUAUGCCGGGCACAAUUCUGUCGCAGAAUGGUACCCCUGCCGACGAUCAAAAUGGUGAUAACGUGUCCUUCCCAAACCGACUUAUCAAGGAAGGCAUCAGAAGCGAGCUCUUGCAGCUUACAGACCUCACCGAAAAUGAAAGCACCACCAUUGAAACAAUUCGCGACCACCUCGAGGGAUUCUUGAAGAGUCGUUCGACAUUGCGUCGCGUGAACAAGACAAUGCUGACUUCUGGGAAUCCGGGUAUGCCAGAAAGGAUAUCUCUUCGCAAUGUGCUGUCGAGAUAUUGGGAUAAUUCGUCCCCCUUCGCCAUCGACUUGAUCGGGGCUGUCAUAAGACAGGGAACAUUUGUAGACAAGAUGGACAAUAUCGGUUGGAUACGUUCGCCAAACUUGAGAUCGACAAUGGCUCACUUCAUCAGCAAGUACAACGUCUUCUUCCAAAUAAUGGCCAAGAAUAAAGGCCAUGCUGUGGUGCCGACUCUCGAUAUCGACCUAAUUUGGCACACACACCAACUUUCUCCUGCUCGCUAUUACGCCUUCUCUACCGCGCAGACAGAGGGCAUAUUCAUCAAUCAUGACGACAAAAUCGAUGAGAUGAAACUCAGCGAUGCCUUCGCAUGGACCUCAAAACAAUACCAAAAACUCACUGGCGGCAAGAUAUACAGUGAAUGCAUCUGCUGGUAUUGCGAGGCGGUCCGCGAGUCCAACAAUCAGGGACUUGGCAGGUUGAUGAUAUCGCCAUCCACCCUCCAUGCCAAAACCAACGCGGCUCGUCUUCAUGACGGCGCCGAUAAUACCAGCGACCGGGGUAAAAGCCAAGGGCCGCAUAUUUCGUCACAUAAUGCAGUUCGAAUCUUGGCCCAGGCUGAUCCAAAGGCAAUGCAGACCAAGAGCGCGCAACUUGAAUCGUGCUGGGAGAAAGCGCAGCGGCGGUCACACAACCGCAGUGGCAGCAGAGGCGGUGGAGACCCAAAGGUUUCCUACGGCCCUUACGCGCGGGAUCCGGAAAUACUUCGUGAAAUAUAUCCCUCCAACCCAGCUUGUGUGAAUAUCACCGCGGGUGUGGUGGGUAAUUGCAUCAGCGGAACACAGGGCGUCGGCCUUGCCCAAGGUGCAUGUCCUCGGUCUCAGAAAGUUGUGCACGAGGAAAUAUCUUACUACCGCGCCGAGCGAAUUCUCGAACAGCGGGUCUAG